CAUCGCUCCUGCCGAUCCUAAAGUUGGCAAUCCUGAAUUAUAUUAUUUCACACGUGCUUCACACAUUUUAUAUUUUGCAUUACACAAAUAAUUUUAUAAUAAACAAAACAAAAAUGGAAGAACAAAAAAAACGAGUAGAAGAUCAUAUGACGAAAAUGGUCGAAGAAAUUGAUAAGACUUAUUUACGAAAAAUGCAGGGAGAUAUGCAUAAGUGUGCUGCACAAUGUUGCGAUAAUGAAACAUAUAGCAUACAAAAGAUUCAUAGAUGUGUAGAGAAUUGUAGCUCUUCUUUGAAUAAAGCACAACAAUAUGUUCAAGGAGAGUUUGAACGAGUACAGAGGAAGCUUUAUGUAUAUAUAUAUGGUGUAAUGGAAUGCAAUGAUAAUAUAAAAGACAAAAUGGGACCAAAUCCGACACAGAUUGAAGUGGAUAAGUAUAGUGAAGAGUUUGAAAAAUGUGCCAUUACGUGUGUCGACUCUUAUUGUGAAUUAUUACCCUCUUUAGAAAAGACUAUGAAGAAGGUCCUCAGUAAAAACGAAUUUGCAUAGUUUGUAAUUAGAAAAUAAAUUUUAAACAUCUCAUUUUAUUUUUAACAUUCUUAAUUGGGAACAUUUUUAUGUCUAGAAAUAUAAAAAACAUUUGUUUUUUUAGGCACAAAGUAACUAUGUGUGUGUGCAAUAACUUUUAACUUUAUUAUUUUCACACACACAUAGGAAAAAGUUGCGAAUAUUAUAUAAUUUAUUUAUAAAUGAAGUGUAAGAAAAGAAAAACUUACCUCACAAAAAGUAUGAUUAAUUAGAUUAUCUGACUUUUAUUUUUCCUUUCUUUUUUUUUAUUUUUUUCUCUGCAUUUAUUUUCUUUCUUUCUUUUUUUAUCAUUAUUUUCGCUUACAUUUUUUAUACAGUUGAUGAAGAACUAAUUUUGAUUAAGUAAAAUAUAGAGAUAAUAUUAUAAUAUAUCAAUAAUAUCAAAAAAUUAUUUUUUUCAGCAAUUCUAGUUAUUAAAUAUGCUUAAUGCUACAUAUAGAUUGGUGGUCUUUGUUGAUAAAAGUAUGCAAUAAAAAUGUUAUGGAAAAUUUAAUA